GAUUGUUGCUGCAAGAAAAUCUAUUCGUAUUUGAUAUAGUUACAUUAACUUUUAGGGUGGUUUGAGUUCUGGUUACAAAAAUAGAAUGACAGAGAAAGGUUUAUCAGACAAAACCUACACGAUGGAAUCAAUUGAAAUGGAGGUCACAAUAAUGAGGCACUACAAGUUGAAGCGGUUGAAGAGAUUCACAACUUUUGACCUCUUGACGGAAGAAAUGCAUUUAAUCAUGCUGAAAUUUAUCGAGGUUGGUCAAUGUGUGGACCCAAAGGAAAAACAAACUGCCUUUGAGAUUAGCCAAGUAAUAUGCUUCAUCAGUUUUGCUUCUCAGCAUAAGUUAUUGCUCCUCGUUUUCUAUCUUGUUUCCUGUUUGUACAGUUUUGUGAAGAGAUACAUAGAUCUCAUGGUUUCCUUGAAUGCCUUGUCCCCAAAAGUUCCAUUAUACGAAAUCACAGAGGGAAAUGAGCCAUGCUUCUUCUCCACUUAUUUUUCAUGGGAUUCUACUAAAGCUACUGUAAGGUUUUCUGUUCACAGAUAUCGUUUGGGUUAUUAGCUUGAGAAGGGGGUCUACUUUUAAGUAUGGUGCUAGUUAAUGUGAUUCUGUUAGAGAGGGUUUGGGAACGUACUCAUUUAAUAGCAAUUAAAUUAUGUAG